AUGUCGUCCACCCCGCCACCCUUGUACACGCUCCCCAUCGAUAAGCGGCCUCCAGGCUAUGGGCCGUGGUUUAGCAAGAUUGUGUUCCCUAUUGUGUUCAACCUCGGCAUUUUGGGAAUUAGCUCUGCCCAGUUUCUGUUCCUCCCGCUUCUCCUCAUUCCCAUAUUGGGAAGACCGCUGUUCCGGCGCGCGAUUGCCUGGACUAAAGAUGGAUUCGGCAGACUUCUCCUAUGCGCCCCAACAUCCCUUGUGAUUACUACCGACGAGCAGCCAGAGCUCGCCACAAUCGUUGAGCGCGAUUCCAAUGGUGAUGUCGUCAAAAUCAAUCUGCCAGACCGCAUGGUUGUUAUCGCCAACCACCAGGCGUACACAGAUUGGAUGUACCUGUGGAUCCUGGCUUGUUACAGUGGCUAUGGGGAUGGUAUAACGAUUCUCUUAAAAGCCAGCCUCAAGCAUCUCCCUAUUGUGGGAUGGGGAAUGCAAUUCUUUCGGUUCAUCUUCCUGAAGCGGUCGUGGGCUGCCGACAAGGACAACCUCACGCAGUCGCUCAAUCGACUGGCUCGACUUGCAAAGGAAGGGCAGAUGCGCUCCCCUCUCUGGCUACUGAUCUUCCCAGAGGGGACUAUCACCAGUGACAACGAACGAGCGAAAAGCAAACGCUACGCAGACCGCGAACGAGUCGAUGACUUUGUUGGCGUUUUACACCCUCGCUCUACUGGCCUGCUGUUCUGCCUGCGAACACUACUCCCCAGCAUCCCCGACCUCAAGCUUCUCGACGUUACCAUUAGCUACCCGGGGGUCCCCUUUGGCAAGUACCCUCAAGAGUGGUACAGCCUCGGCUCUGUUUUCUUGCGAUCCGUUCCUCCACCUGUUGUCCAUGUCCACCUUCGCUUGUACAGCGACUUGGGCUCUGCUUCCUGUGAAGUUCCGUCCCUAGACCUGUCAACUCCGGGGGGCUCAGACCCUGCAGAGGCAAAAGAGUUUGAAAUAUGGUUGCGCAGCGUGUGGGCUGUCAAGGAGCAAUGGCUCAAGCGGCUCGCCGUCCAAGGCGCUACAGUGGAAGAGGGAGCUGAAGUGGUUCCAAUCAAGCAGCUGCGUUGGUCAGACUGGGUUGCAGCGUUUGGCGGUGGUGGCGUGGCGACAUUGUACGCCGUUGCACGUCUCUUGUAG